UUGACAAUGUUUUGAAAUUUUGAAUUGUUUAUUUGUAUUUACUACUUUGGUGGUACGUACAUAAUUGGGAUUUGUACCUCAAAUUCUGUUUCUUAUUAUACGUUACUGAACUAGUUGAAUCAAGAACGUACAUAUUUCUCGCCAUUGGAUGUGGGAAUAAGAACUGGAAUAAUUAUGAGUAAGUAUUCGAGUGAUUCAAACUCGCGUGACAGAACUAGAAGUUAUAGUCGUUAUUAUAACCAAAGGCACAGGUCUUCAAGUUCUUCAUCUACAGAUAGUUCAAAAUAUUCAAGAAAAAAACAUUCAAGCAGAUCUGGAUCAAGAUACCAUAAAAAAUCGAAGCGUAGACACAGAUCCAAUAGUUCAUCAGAUCAUUCAUCGUCAAGACAUAAACGUUCAAGCCGUUCCUACCGGAGAGAUGAAAGUCGUUCAAAAAGAAAACAUCGUAGAAAAAGUUCAUCUACUAGUUAUGAAUCAAAUAACUCCAAUUCUUCAUUUAAAAAUCACCAAUCUAAAAGUUCUAAAACAAUCAAUGACAAUGAAAAAAAUAAAAAGUUACAAGAUGAUUUGUUAGUUAGAAAAUCUGAAACUAUUAACAAAAAUGAUCAUGAUGCAAAUUGGCUUCAAAAAAAUGUUUUGGAUAUUGUGAAAAGAGAAAAUUCAAUUGAACAGAUCAAUCAAGAAGGAUUUGUUUUUAAAGUUUUCAAUCCAUCAUCUGAACAAAAAGAAGAGAAAACUAUAGACAAAACCAAAUUUGAUGUUCCAAAAAUAAAAGAAGAAGUUACUAAUACUUUACCUACAGAAGAAUCAACUUUUAUUAUAUGCAAUCCAGAAAGAUUAUUGAAUGCAAGGUAUAAAUUACUUACAAAGCAAGAGCGGUGCUUUAACUGGGCAAAGAAAUUAUUUGAAUCUUACAAUCAGUCUGAGCGUAACGGUGGACAAUUUAAAGAUUAAUGUAACUGGAAGUAAUUUGUUCAAUAUUAAUUUUUUAAAUACGACUAGAAUUUGAUUUACAAGUACUAUCUUUAAACUAUUUUAUUAAUGUUUUUGUUUUUUUAUUUUUUUAAAUGAUCCAAAGACAUUGUAUUGAGAAAUUAUAUUUUUGCAAGGAUUUAAAUACGUUUAAGAAAAAUUAAAUCAACAUUCAAUUAACUUUUUUGAUAUUGUUUAUAUUUUAUUAACUCAUUAUAACUUAGUUCCAUCAGUGAAAGUAAGCAUCAAAAUAAAUAUUUGUAUUUAUAAAUAAAUUUACUCACCUGUAAACAUGGAAUCAGAAGUCAACUUCUUAUGAGUCAAAAGAAGAUCAGUUUUUAUAAAUACUAUAGUGAAUAAAGUGAUAAUUUUGUUGUAAUUAAAUUAUUUUUUUUACAUAAAAUAAUUUUAACUGUUAAAGCUGUUAUGGUUUAUAUUUAACAUGUUAAAUUAAACAUUGUAAUGUCACAAAAACAGCUGUUAACUGUUUUAAUACAACUUUUUUAAUAUGUCUAGUUUUUUAAAUAUAAUAUAUUAACAUAAAAUACAGAGUAUUUU